CUCUCUCUCUUUCUUUGUACUAAACUGUCUGAAGGUGAAGGGGGGACCUUCUCUAUGGUCAGCAAAUGAGGGGUGCUGCUUAGUGUUCUUCGUGCUGCUCGCAUUGGCUGUCGAAAAUGAGACGAAGAACUCUAACUGUAGCUCACCUUUUCUCGCUGCUCUUUUGGGUUGGCGUUUUCCUCAUUUCUGCAUCCCAAACUGAACUGGGUUCCCUCCUUGAGUUCAAGAAAGGAAUCCAAAACGAUCCACUCGGGAAGGUGCAAAAUUCUUGGAUUCAAUCUUCUGUCGAUCCCAACUCAUGCCCCCACUCUUUCUACGGCGUUACUUGUGACCAAAACGGAAAUGUCUCCUCCAUUUUGCUCGAUAAUCUCGGUUUAGUUGGUGAUUUGAAGUUUUCCACUCUUAUAAACCUCGGAAAGCUGACAACUCUCAGUCUCUCGGGAAAUUCACUCUCCGGCCGUCUCGUCCCUGCGUUAGGCUCGGUGACUUCUUUACAGCAUUUGGAUCUGUCAGGUAAUCAGUUUUACGGGCCUAUUCCAGAUCGGAUCAAUGGUCUGUUGUCGCUUAAUUAUCUGAAUUUGUCUUCAAAUAAUUUCACGGGUGGAUUUCCCAUUGAAAUCCGCAACCUGCAGCAACUUAAGGUGAUAGAUUUACACUCAAAUGAGCUGUGGGGAGACAUCCAGGGCUUUUUCUCUCAACUUGGGAACAUUGAGCAUGUUGACUUGAGCUACAACAAAUUCUAUGGGUCUCUUUCCAUGAACUGGGGUAACGUUUCAACUUGGCCAACCACUCUGCGGUAUUUGAAUUUGAGUCAUAAUAGAUUGAAUGGUGAAUUAUUUGGCAAUGAAUCUGUUCCUAAGUUCUUGAACCUGCAAGUGUUAGACUUAGGUGAUAACCAGUUGACUGGAUUGAUCCAAUCAUUUAGGUCACUACCAAGUCUUCACACUUUAAGACUAGGCCACAAUCAGCUAUUUGGUCCAAUCCCGGAAGAGUUGUUCCAGAAUUUAAUUCCACUGGAAGAACUAGACCUCAGUGGCAAUGGGUUUUCAGGUUCUAUAACUGUUAUUAAUUCAACAACAUUGAAGGCUUUGAAUCUUUCAUCAAAUUCACUCUCCGGUUCAUUACCUUCUUCCGUGGGUAGAUCCAUUGUUCUAGAUCUGAGCUACAACAUGUUCACUGGCGAUAUCUCCAUAAUGGGAACAUGGGAAUCCACUUUGGAUAUUCUAGACUUAAGUUCAAACGAAUUAUCGGGAAGCAUUCCAAGUACAUUAUUGCCAUUUCAAACCUUUUCCACCCUAAUUAUUAGAAACAAUUCUUUAGUAGGUAACUUACCUCAUGUACUAUGGAACUCUCCAAGGCUGUCUAAACUUGACCUAAGCUUGAAUAAACUAGGAGGAUCCAUUCCACCCGGUUUAUUAUCAUCAACCACCUUAACAAAUCUGAACCUCUCGGGAAACCAUUUUACAGGACCUAUUCCCUUUCAAGGCUCACACGUGAAUGAUUUAUUAUCUCUACCUUCUUAUCCACCGUUAGAAUCGCUUGAUCUUUCCGAUAACUCCUUGAAAGGUAACUUACCUUCGGAUGUAGGCAACUUGGGUCGGAUUAAAAUUUUAAAUCUCGCAAGAAACAAUUUAUCGGGAGAAAUACCGGGUGAAUUGAGUAAACUCGUGGAAUUGGAGCAUCUUGAUUUGUGUGGAAACAAUUUCAGCGGUAAUAUCCCCGAUAACCUUCCGUCGAGUUUGAAUUUCUUGAAUUUGUCUUACAAUGAUCUUUCAGGGCAUGUUCCGAAUAGCUUGACAAAUUUUCCUAUUAGUUCGUUUCGUCCGGGGAAUGGUUUGUUGAUCUUGCCCGAUAACAUGUUGCACCAGAACGACAACCCUUCCCCAAACGGAGAUGGAAAUGGGAAUGGGAAUGGAAAUGGUAAACAUCAUAAUUCAAAGUCGAACGUCAGAAUAGCUAUAACAGUAGCCACAAUCGGAGCCACUUUGAUGAUUGCGUUUGUUAUUCUUGCCUAUUAUCGCGCUCAAGUAAAGGAUUUCCAUGUUAGGAGAUUUCCAUGCCACGCAAAUCCAGACCCUCCGCAAACUUCGUUAAGUUAUUCCAACGAUCAUUUACUAAAAUCAAAAUCAUUAUCGGGUCAGACACAAAUCAUUAGUGGUGAGACUACUGCUACUUCAUCAGUAAUUGUUCCUGGAAGGAAAUCCUCUCCAGGUUCUUCCCCAAUAACUGAUUUAUCGCCACGUUUUGUUGAAAGAUCUCGAUCUGGGAGGUUAGAUGUUGAUUCACCAGAUCGGUUGAUUGGAGAACUCUUUUUCAUCGACAAUUCAGUUGCAUUCACAGCCGAAGAGUUAUCACGUGCUCCAGCUGAAGUUUUGGGUAGAAGCAGUCAUGGGACAUUAUAUAAAGCCACUCUAGAUAGUGGGCAUAUGCUGAGUGUUAAGUGGUUAAGAGUGGGAUUGGUGAAACAGAAGAAAGAGUUUGCAAAGGAAGUUAAGAAGAUUGGGUCAAUGAUUCAUCCAAAUAUCGUUCCAUUAAGGGCAUAUUAUUGGGGACCAAGAGAACAGGAAAGGCUUAUUCUAGCUGAUUACAUCCAUGGAGAUAACUUGGCACUACAUCUUUAUGAGACAACACCUAGCAGAUACUCCCCACUAUCCUUGAAUCAAAGAUUAAAAGUUGCAGUUGAUGUUGCUCGAGCCCUAACCUAUCUUCACGAAAGAGGCCUCCCUCACGGAAACCUCAAACCAACAAACAUAAUUCUACUCAGUUCUAACCUAGAUGUCCGCCUGACCGAUUACGGGCUUCACAGGCUAAUGACGCCAGCAGGCAUUUCCGAACAGAUACUAAACCUAGGUGCUCUUGGCUAUCGUGCUCCCGAGCUAGCCAAUACUGCAACUAAACAUGUCCCAACAUUGAAGGGUGAUGUGUAUUCAUUUGGAGUUAUUUUAAUGGAGUUGUUGACGAGAAGGAGUGCGGGUGACAUCAUCUCAGGCCAAUCAGGUGCUGUCGAUCUGACGGAUUGGGUGAGGUUAUGUGAUCAAGAAGGGAGAGGAUUGGAUUGCAUUGAUCGCGAUAUUUAUAGUGGGGAGGAGGAAUACUCGAGAGGUAUGGAUGAGAUGCUUGCGAUUUCGAUUAGAUGUAUUCUUCCUAUAAAUGGAAGGCCAAACAUGAAACAAGUCUUCGAUGCCAUGUCUUCUAUUUCUAUUUGAUUUAUUUUUUGAUCUGGGCUAAUCCCAUCCUCUCAUUCUUUCCCACUUUUUAAUUUAUUUGUGUGUGUGUUUGUUGUGUGUAAAGUGGCAGUUAUCAACAACCCAUUUAUUUGAUUGAUUAAUCAAUUGUUUUCUGUGUCUAAAGUGGAAAACUUGUAGUUUUGCUCAUAUUUUUUUUCUUUGUAAAUUGGUUACGACUGAAUUUGUAACGACACUAUUGAUUACUUGUAAUUUGCCCAUUUAUGACUCUUAAUAAACUAUUGCUUUCAUUAAA